AUGGCAGGCUCUCCUAUUCGAGUUGCUAUAAUCGGAGGCGGUCUCGCCGGAAUGACUCUGGCCGCAGGUCUCACCAACAUUCCACAACUCGAUGUUCAAGUAUAUGAAGCCGCAGCAGAUAUUGCAGGGAGUCAUGGUGGUUCAUACAUCUUUAAUAGUACUACUCAGAGAAGUUUCGAACGAGUCACUCCUUCGGCACAGGAGCUCUUGCACAAAGCUGGUGCUGUCCCUAACCAGUCGUCUCGAUUUAUCUUGGGUUCGGGUCCAGAUAUGGGCGCUAUUAUUUUCGACAACUGGGCUACUAAGCUGCCCCCAGUGAGUUUCCGUCGCGCUCGGCUAUUGCAUGAAAUCAUUACCCAGGUGCCCGAUGAUAGUAUCCACACCAGUAAGAAACUGGUUGCAAUUGCCUCUAAUGAUCACGGUGUUGAAGUUGCCUUCGAAGAUGGUACAAAGGCGCAUUUUGACGCAGUUGUUGGCGCGGACGGAAUAUUUGGCAACGUUCGAAAGUAUGUCCUGGGAGAUACGGUAGCCGACAAAUACGCAGCUGAGCCAUCCGGCUUUUGGGACAUCAGAACCAUACAGCCCUAUGAGAAAGCAAAGGCUUUACUUGGUGAGGAGAACUUCGAGUUGGAUCGCCAAUUCGUAUGGAUUGGUAGUGGCUCGUGCAUUUUACACGAUGUCCUAGAGGACCGAGCUUUAGUGCAGUGCAUGAUAUGCAGCGCCGAGGCAGAAUCUCCAAAAGACAGAAGACACCAUAUUACUAGAGAGUACUUAAUGGAAAUAUUUAGUAACUGGACUGAUAACCCAGUUGCUAAGGGUAUGAUAGACCUCGUGCUAGACUGUGAAAAGCCAUAUGGCUACUCGCAGUGGGAGCAUAGGGAAACACCUACCUACUCGAAUGGACGUGUCUGCAUCAUCGGAGACGCAGCUCACGCAACAAGUUCGUUUCAUGGGUUCGGAGCUGGGACAUCAAUCGAAGAUGCCAUGGUUCUGAAGGCACUAUUUCAUAAUAUAUCGUCGCCUGGCGAAAUUGAAGCCGCGUUCAAAGCGUUUGAUAGCGUUAGGCGGGCUAGGUCGCAGAGGGUCGUCAAUUCUAGUAGAGAAAUCGGAGACAUCUCCCUUGAGCGCCACUCCGAGGCGGACAAGUUCAGACGAGCACUUGCUCCUAAGUUUGACUUUAUCGAUGCCAUCGACUACGAGGAACAUGAGAAGGAGGCGGUGAACAAGAUGAAGGAAAUUCUAACUUCUUAACUGGGUAACUAGUAUGGUUACAUAGAGCAG